GAACCAACUUACUGGCACCGCCUGCCAGAUUCACAGCAGAUCUGAGCUUAUCGCAUCAUCGCAUCUAACCAUAAAUUACUGCUUCAGCCAGACAAGGGGGUCUUCACUGAGCCUGCACGGCUGACAUCUCAACGAGGGAGUUACUUCUCUUCUCAUGCUUUAGAGAUAAACCCUUAUUUUACCUCUUAUCUUCCUUGAUCACCAUCUCUUCUCUCAAUCUCUCUUCGGAGCCGGUGGUAUAUUGGACGCGCUGGAUGGCCGCUGCACCUAACGGACCGGUGUGAAUAGUUUUCUUUCUUUAUUCCCCCCCUCCAUCCAGCCUCAUCUUCAUUUUUUCCUCUGACUCCAAGAGACUGAGCACAAAACAGGAGCAGAAGCAAUGGAAGACCAGGUGACCCAGGAGUCCUGCGCCGUCCCGGAGCCGACGGUUGUGGAUCCCUGGCCGGCCACAGUGCGGAACGGCCAGUGCGCCGCGGAUGGCUUCACCAACCACCAGCAGCAGCAAGCCAAGACCCCCACAGAGCCGGAGUCUUUCACAGUCAACCAGGAGAUGAAGAUUACUGACAAUGUGGACGGAGAAGGUCUUCUUGAGAGCAGCAUGCGCCUGAAACCCCACGAGGCUCAGAACUACAGGAAGAAAGCUCUCUGGGUCUCCUGGGUCUCCAUUGUGGUCACACUUAUCCUGGCUGUAGCAGCUUUCACUGUUUCCUUCAUGAGACACAGCGCAUCAGCCUUUGGAUUUGCCUUUGAUGCCACACUGGAUGUCAUGUCAUCAGCCAUCGUCCUUUGGCGCUACAGCAACGCAGCAGCUGUUCACUCUGCACACAGAGAGUACAUAGCAUGUGUGAUCCUGGGGAUUGUGUUUAUUCUCUCCUCACUGUGUAUCCUGGGAAAAGCCAUCCAUGAUCUGGCCACCAGGAUGCCUCCAGAAGUGGAUGACUUCCUCUACAGCGUCUCCAUAGUGAGCGGUCUCAGUUGUGCUGUGCUGGCUGUGGCCAAGUUCAUGCUGGGAAAAAAGCUGACCAGUCGGGCACUUAUUACUGAUGGGUUUAACUCGAUGGUUGGAGCAAUCAUGGGAUUCUCAAUUCUCAUCAGUGCUGAAGUCUUCAAGCAGCAUCCCGAUGUCUGGUUUCUGGAUGGCACCAUUGGGGUUUUAAUCGGACUAAUCAUUCUGGCCUAUGGAGUCAAGCUCCUGAAAGACAUGGUGCCACGGGUCAGGCAGACGAGGAACUACGAGCGCUUCGAAUGAAAGAGCCCGAGGCUAAUCAGAUUAGCAGUUUUAGACACACACACCCACCCACACACACCUGGGUGCCUCCUGCCCUCUCCUCUUUCAUACACUCGUCCACAUACUACUUGUACAUUCACUAUUACGGCAUACAUCAUUCUCUGUUACAUGCAUAUAUGUGAAUAUACACUUUUGCUGUACAUACUGUACAUAGUACACUCCAACAUUCAAUUACUCAAGUCUGAGAGACCUUGAGAGAUAAUGACAUUAUUGAAGAUCUUCUCAGCUCAGAGUUUUUUUCCCCUUGUUCUCUUAAAUAGCUCCUAAAUGCAUCAAGUUAAAAAUGACACCCUGGAUGAGGAAGAGGCGAGAUCAUAAACUCAAAAGCUCAAGAAGUGCUUUGGCUUUGUUCAGGAAGGCAGAGACAGAUGCCAAUGCAGAUUUUUAUGUUGAUAGUAUUUUUAAAUAAGGUCUUCUGGAAAAAAGUAGGUUUAUCCAUGUAAUUUACUAAAGAAGACAUUCAAUGGGCAUUUUAGAACGAAACCUUUCCUUCAUUGUCAGACUCUUGCUCUAAGCUGCCCAUUAAUUUACAAACUUUAUCAUUUCAAGUGACUAUUAACCAGAAGUGUGUUAAACAGAGGAAUUCUUCUGAGAUUAGCCUCUUAAAUUAUCUCUAAGACAUGAAAACAGGAGGAGAAAAGGUUAAUGCUAUAUCUUCCUGAAACAUUAACAACUUUCAGUAAGGUGACCGAGUUAAGAUGAAAGGACUCAUUAAGCACAAACAUUUGCCAUAUAAUGGCGAUGGAGAUAAAGUUCAGUGCACAAAUGUGGAACUGUUUGAUUUUUUUGUUGUUUUCUUUCUGUAAUAAGGUCAAGCACAAAUUAAUGAAUCAGCUAUGAUAAUGUACACUUGUUGACAGCUGCUGACAGCUGAUCAUUGAGCCAACUUGGGCCUCACAAAGCCUUGAAAUUUUUUUUCUUAUAUUGUCAUGUUGAAAUUAAAUGUACUUUAAAGAGAUUUUAAGUUGAACAAAAACAAAACGUAGUGUGCAAUUGUGAAGUGUUCAGAGAAUAUCAGUUUUUUUUAUUUAUCAAUGCAAAUGUGAAAAGUGUCAUGCAUUUGUUAUCAGCCCCGCUGAGUCAAUGCAUUAUAGAAGCACCUUUUGGCUGCAUUUAAAUCAGACUAGUACCUGUAUUGUAUCUUUGACUUUACAGAAGUCCCUCAUACUGAGUAUGCAUGUGGCGACAGUUCAGAAGAAAAACUCCCCUCUAGCCGGAAGAAACCUCCAACAUAGCCUGGCUCAGUACGAGCUGCAAUUUGCCACGACCGACUCAGAUUUUGAGAAGACAGAGCAGAUUCACAAAAAAAAAACAAAAGAACUGAUGUAGUACUUUCUAUGUUAAUAAAAAAUAAGUGAAUAGCAGCAGAGGAACAUGUUUCCCCCCUCCAGGAAGCUACCACAGCCAAACAGAACGCCAGACCAGAUGUAGCUUCUAUGAAGGAAAAGAAAACUGAGGAAACAUUAAGUUCGCAGUUGAAAUGACAGCAAAUAUUGCAAAUUGAAGCGAAGUAGGAGAAGAAAGUAACAGAGUGACGAAAAGUGCUAAGCCUAUAGCAGAAUAACUGCAGAGAUAGCUCAAAAUAACCCAACUCCUUAAAAUGAAGCUUUAGAGAGACAAAUCCAAAAAUAAAAUAAAAAUAUAAAAACAGAACUAAUAAACUGUAAAGUAAGGGGAAACUUACAGCAUAAGAAAAUACUGUGCACUUAUUAAAAACAGCGUAGUCCAAUCAAAAGAAGUGUGCAACUGAGUAGGAUAAUAUAAGAAAAUUACAUUACCAAAAAUGUGCAUAAGAAAAUCAACAGAAUACUUACAAGAAGUAAAAAGUAGAGGGCACCAAAUAUAAAUGCAGUAAAAAAAAAAUUCUUUUGAUGGAAAAGUUUAUAUACGAUGCAGCUUACAUGUUUGUCUUUUAAUGCAUUUUCAAUAAAAAUACAUUGAAAUCUUUAGUUAGAACAUGACAAAAUGUGGGAAAAAAAUUCAGGAGUACUUUGCGACCACUAUUUAAAAUCAAAAUAUAUUUUCUUAAUUUAUCUUAACUGCUAAAAUUAAGAACUGCAUUGGACUCUAUUUAAUUGCAGUGUGGUGUUCAUGCAUUUUCUUUUAUUUUUUCUGCUGCAAAAAUCCAUUCAAUCAUUUUUCUACUUGAAAUUGUGAAAGAGGGUGCAGUCUCACCUGGCAAUAAUGAGGUUUAAAUAAGUGUUGACUUUCAUACCAUUCUCGCUCUUCAUACACGUUACGGUGUUAGAAGGAUGCACUGAACCCGGGGAGAGUGUUUUUUAUUAUGACUUGAAAUCCAGUUAUUUUAGUCAAUUGCCUAUUUUUUACUCACUGUAACAGCAAAGAAGAAACUUGAGAAACUUUAGUGCAAUGACAAAGAUCAAACAGCUUGUAGAAAACCAAUUUAGUGACUCAGUGUUCUCUGUAAGUCUGAUUUUAUGUUCAUCAACCAUUUCUUCAUCAUCUCCUCCAGAAAUAAUUAUAAUGUUUAUCAUUACAUGCAAUGAACAGAAUGUAACAGCAAAGCACAUGCUCUGUAAAUAUGUUUAUUACACUGUUCGGAAGUAUAAAGCAUAUCGUAUAAAAGUACAAACUGGUUAUAGAUGCAUAUUGUUAAACAUGUUUCCUCUGUAGUGUGAAUAUACUGUAAAUGUCUUACAUUUUACUGUAGAUUAUUGGUGAAAUGAAACAACAAGUCUUACUGUAAGUUGCUGCUGUGGGUGAGCAUACCUGGAAGGUAUGUAUUUAGGCAUGCUCUGGCUGCUCGGUCCAAGCCUCAACUCUUGUGCAGCUGCUUAAAAAAAUAUUCUUUACUCACCUAAAUCUGAGUCAAAACACUGUUUGACCUCAGGCAUCGAGUAUUCAUCAUGUCUGAGCAACAACCACACUUUAUUCGCACAUGAAUCCAUUUUUAUUGAAGCAUAAAUAAAUAUUUAGGUGUGUUUAUAUGCUCAAAUUCAUGAAGAGCUUGCUUAGUGUAAAAGCAUAUUUCAAGGUCCCAGUUCUUCAUUGUAUAAUGAAUAAAUAACGAUUGACUGCCCUCUUAUGGUUGGUAGAAGAAUUACAAUGGUCUUAUUCAAAACUCAAAAUCCCAAGGUAAAACUCUAUAUUUUUAUCCGCAGCUGAACAGAGUUAUAAAAGCAUUGUGGAGUUAUGAACAGGCCUGAAUCCGGCUCUGAGUUGAUGUGUUUAGCAAAGUGUAACAUUUCUGUUAUCUUUAGUUCCACUGUGUGAAGAACAUGAAUAAGCUGCAAACUGAAGGUGUGAAUCGGUUCACAUCAGUUCAACUCACCAACAGCACACUGAUUUGUAAUGUCCUCCACUCCCCUCUUAACUGCACAGAAGACAAUCUCUACAGUGACUCUCCUGUAAGUCAAGCACAGUUUUUAGAUGCCGAAGUAACCCCAUACUGCACAGAAAAACAUUCACUGUAAACCAGUUUGCUUCCCUUUACACCGGAUUAAGACUGCAACAUGAUUUCUAGACCCUCCAAUGCUAAUCGCAAAUCAGUGUAUCAAAAAUCUCAGCAGUACUAUUCCCAUAACACAGUACUACUCCCACAUUUGUCUUUAUAAAGAGGUUUUAUACACCUCUACCAAGCUUUGCUUUGAAGGAGAAAGCACCAUAAAGAGCAUGAAAACAUAAAUGUGUGGGGUUUUUGUACAGUGUUGGGCACCACACAGCUUGCCAUUUUGGGCAAUAAUUAUAAAUUAAUGCAGUGCUUUAAGGAGUUGUGCUGCCUUUGUUGUAAAAUUAACGCUGCCAGCCAGGCAUGAGUCUUGUGCAUGCUGAAACAGUGUGAAAUCUCUUGCUAAAUGGCAUCGGGGAGAUGCAUUAACCUCGAUGUUCCGACCUCUCCAAGACCAUGUAAAGACCACUUUUUAAUGUCACUGUGUGGUUUUACUCCAGUGUAAAGGGGGGUGAAUAACGAUGCUUAUAUUCCAACUCUUUUGCGCAUUUCACAAGUUAUUGUUGUGAAAACAAAAAGAACAUUUUAAAAUUUUUUAAUGUGGGCACCAAAAUCCCUUCUACCUCUCUUUAUUGCACCUUGUGUUAUUUUCAUUCCACUUCAUGUUGGAGCAUUCAUGCUUUUCAGUUUCCAUGUUAAAGUUAAACAGCUCAUCAUUUGAUACAUGUUGUAGUAACUUAAUCCCUCUUAUUUUUUUAUGAACAUUUGAAACAACAUCAGACGCUCUUUAGUCACUUACAAACAUAUCUGAAUCAUCAACAUGUGUCAGUUUAUGUGAAAUAACUUGUCUCUGUUUCAAGUGGGCAUGCUGUCAGUGCAGAAAUGGACCAUUCAUUCCACCAAAUUAUACAAUGUUUUUGAAAGCAAUACAAACCAGCUCUCUGUUGCCAUAGGCUUUGCAUGGGCUUUUAAAAACCCAACAGUGUCGGUGGCUACAAACGCUUUACAUCCACACACACACGCCCACGCCCGCACUCAGAUGUAUAAAUGAAUUUACAAAGAAACUAUGUAACGAAUCGUUUGUUUGUACAAUGACGGCGUUGAUGGUAUUACAGAUGAUGUGAACAUAAUUUAUGUAAAAGAACAUUAAGGAAAUAUGUAUGUCAAUGAAGAGAGUUUUAUUGAUUGAGUAAAUAAAGUUUUUUUCUGGUUGAUCAUCAAA